GUGGCGCAGCUGUGCAAGUUCGGCGAGGGUGGCGGCCUGGGCAUCAGCCUGGAGGGCACGGUGGACGUGGAGGACGGGCAGGAAGUGCGCCCCCACCACUACAUCCGCUCCAUCCUGCCCGAGGGCCCCGUCGGCUCCAACGGCCUGCUGCGCUCCGGCGACGAGCUGCUCGAGGUGAACGGCCACCGCCUGCUCGGCAUGAACCACAUCGAGGUGGUGAGCAUCCUCAAGGACCUGCCGGUGAGCGUGCGCAUGGUGUGCGCGCGGCGCGACGGCGAGGCGCCGCCCUACCGGCUCAUCGACACCUCGCAGGACCGGGCAGCGUUCGCGGCCAGGAGUUUAUUGGGAGGAUCGCUGCAGAAUCUGAUCCCCGCGACGGAACGCCUGGUAAAAGCAAAAUCGGACGGCUCUCUGGCGUCGACCACAACAACGGCAACAGCUACGGACGCCAGCUUCUCCAAGAUGAAGUCGAGAUCACUCGAACCACUCACUGGUUUGGCCAUGUGGAGCUCAGAACCACAAAUUAUUGAGCUCACUAAAGGUGAACGUGGCCUGGGCUUCUCCAUUCUAGACUACCAGGACCCAAUGAACCCGAGCGAAACUGUAAUUGUCAUCAGAUCUUUGGUACCUGGAGGUGUGGCCCAAAUGGAUGGUCGGCUCAUUCCUGGAGAUCGACUUCUGUUUGUAAACAACACUGUGCUGGAAAAUGCAUCUUUGGAUCAAGCUGUUCAAGCCCUCAAAGGAGCGCCAAAAGGAGUUGUGCGCAUUGGAGUUGCCAAACCCCUGCCCAUCCCAGAUAGUGUGUCGCAGUCUGCUUCCCACUCACAGGUGAGUGAGACUCCUGCCCUGUCUCUGCCAACCACAACACAGCAUGUUGAGUAUUAUGAUGACUUGGGCAGUGACAACGAUCCAGAAGUGGAUGCUGACGCCAAUUCAGAUAGCCCGCAACAGGCUGGAUUACUCAAGUCUGAGAGCUUUUAAGUUGAAUACGUAUUCAAAUUGCUCAUUUUUACAAGUUUUUGAUAUGAUUCAUUUGGAUUGUUUUUAAUUUGACUCAACGUUGGUCUAUUUGUAUGCAACAUACAUUAAUUCAAAACACCAAUUUAUCUUUAAGUUAAUGCAUUUAAAAUUUUAUGUUUUGAAGAAAGUUUAUUUGUGAGUGAUGCUGUUUUCUUCUUUUGGAGCAUGGUACUGCCAUUUAAUUUGCCCAAAUAAGCUUCAUCAGAAGUCUAGAGUUUAGAGUCCAACAAUAAUACCGUCCUGAAAAAAAUUGGGUAGUUUCAAGUCAAUACGUACUUCUAUUCGCACCACUGAAUACUGCACUCAAACUGUGCAAAAGUCGGACUAUUCAUUUACAAUACUGCUGACCUGGAGUAUUAAAGCAGUAUUUAUGGUUUCUAGCAGUUUUGCAAAAGACAAAAAUGUUCUGUUUGCUUACUUGCAUUUAAUAAAUAAGGCUGAUUUUGAUUUAAGCAAAAAUAUGUGAUAGACUGGCAUCAGUUGUUGAGUUUUGUAAAGAGAUGGACAGUUUACUAGGUUCGAAUUUCACAAGGCAACAAGGUAUUCCAUUCCAUUUUAACAUAGUCAAAGAAUGCAAUAAAAUCUGCCAAGCUCAAAUAUGAAAGAUAAUUUAGCCAUGACUCAUUAGUUUUUAUCAAGAAAACGACUGUUUGAUUACCUGCAUGAUCGUUGCCCUUCCUGCUGGCAGGAAGCAGUUUUGCUGCCUGAUAUGUUGAGGCCAGUGAGAGAACAGUCAAAGUUUCAUCAUGCCUGUAAUCAGAGAAAGUAUUUCACACAUCUUGGGACCUUUAUAUCUUCUGAAUUUAGUUACAAUACUAUUUAAAUGUAAGUUUCUGGCAGGUUUUAUUGAGCCAGUAUUGUUAUUAAUUAUUGUCAUUUUUAUGAAAACUCCGCGUCGUGUAGAACAACAACCCACACUAUUUAUUAUACUUGACUUAUUUUUAUUUACUUAUUAUCUUUACUUUCUAUUGGGCUCUUGACAAAAUGUACCAUAUUCCAUAGGAUAAGCGAAUCAGAGAUUUAUUUAUAGUGUUGCUGGAUGAAAUGAAUUUUUGUUAGUCCUAGAUUAAUUAUAUGUCCCUUUAUGGAUAUUCCACCCAAGAAAAAUGCAAGACUUUGGAAUGAUGUCAACCUCUUUAGAUUAGCCCCUUGACUAGUUCUUUGUUGUACUUCAUGCAACAGUAAUCCUGUCUUCUUGUCAUGGAACCCUGAUUGUUAGUGACUGCGGUGUGGUAGCAAUGGAAAGAUAUCAUCUUAUCUGGCACAGAAGAGAAUGCAAAUCAUUUUAUUUUGGCAUUGUACUUUCCUCAGAGUGGGUGGUAAGAGUCUGGCAAGCCUGCAUUUGUGGGAUUUGUAGAGCAUGACACUGUCCCUGUAGCUGCCUGUUCAGGGAGCAGAGAGACAAUCACUGCUUUCGCCAUCAAGUAGCUUCAGUUUUUCGUGUACUCAGAAAUCUUGUUAUUGUUGUUUGUUCUUCUUCUCUACUCCAGCCCUGUGCUGCCAACAGUUUAUUUAUAGUUAUAGUUUGAUUUAGCUGUCACUAUAUUCAAGCCUUUCAGAAAUUAUAAAAAGAGCUGAGGUAUUGCGCAUAUUUCAACUCUGUAAACUUAUAGAAAUUAAUGUUUUGCAAGCAGCACGCAGAUUGCUCAUCAGGCGUCUUUUUCACAAAAAAGUUUAGAAUUAUCUUCUCUUGGGUCUCUGCUUUGUUCUUUGAAUUAUUUACUUCAAUGCAAUCUUCCACCAAGCUUGAGCAAGGUGCUACUGCCUCAGUGCAGCCACAGAUUGGCAAACAGACCCUGUUCUGCAGACGCAUUUUUAAGGAAGUCAACCGUUCAUUCCUUGUUGCUUGCCUGGCUGCCCGCCUGCCUAUGAAAGUGCGUAUAGAAAUGACAAGUUGCCCGGGUGCACCAUUCUUACCACAGUCACACAAAUGAAGUAAUGAUGAAGGUUGCUCCUAGUUUGUGUCAAUAUUUUUUAUUUAUAUGUAUUUCAGUUUUGAUUUGUAACGUGUACUUGAAAUAAAUAAAACAUUUUCCACCCUUACAA